GUAUCGGAGGAGAGGGAGGCUAGAAUGGCUCAAUGGAGACCCUCUGUGUCGACGAGUAUGGCUGCUCGGAUUACUGUGGCAGCUAGGAAUGUGGCUUGUAAGGAUGCAGUGAGCUGCUCCAAAGUGAAGACCGGUCGGAAGUUCUGCAGAUUGACGCUGUUGUGGGGACAACUCCGUGUACCGCAAAAAGUCGGAUUCUGUGGAAUUUGGCCACCAACAUAUACCACAUACCCUCUGACGCUCCCGAUGUUCAUUCUAACACUAUCCAACACUCCACAAACUCAUUCCUUAUUUUUCCCUAUUUUCCCCAUCAUUCCCGACAACCCCAAGCAAAAUUCCCACGCCCAACCACGCCGCCAAUUUCACCCCCUCUCCACAUCUCAAGAACCACUGCACCAAUUAGGACGAAUAAGGGCUCGUUGGAAAGCUGGAGACGAGGAGGUUGCUGACGGGAGGAUAGGCGGGCGCUGUGACGAAGCGUUGCGGAGUUAA